AAGCUGAUGGGUGCUGUGUCUCUCCAAAUUUUUAGAUCCAGAUAUACAUUGGGUAACUUCAUAGGUUUUCAAAGGAACAGUCUUCUGAGCAAAUCUGAAAACUCCUUAAAUACUGUUGCAGCAAAGGAGACAGAGAGAAGAAGAGAGAAGGUAACAAGGAAAGAAGGAUGGAAGAGAGGGCAUGAGGACAGUUAUUUGGAAAUGGCACAGAGGCAUUUACAGAGAUCAUUAUAUCCUUGAGUCCUUUACCUUCCUCAGCCCUACGCAGAGCUUGAAGCAGUCAUCAGCCAUGUUGGAAAAGUGCUCAUGGCAAGGAACUGAGAGGCAUCUAAGGACUUCAGGCAGCAUCUAGAAUGAAUGUGGACGUACUACUACAACCAGCAAAAAGACCAGUCAUGCAACCACAAGGAAUGAACUUCUACCAAAGUGAUAGGAUUGUAUUUGCAACUAUCUGGUCCAUAA